AUGAGGAACCUUCUCCUGACAAAUUACAGAUUAAGAAUUCAGACAGCAGAGCAGGAAUGUGGGAAAUGCUUUACAAGUAAAACAUAUUUUGCUAAACAUAAGACAAUUCACACAGGAGAGAAGCCAUAUUCAUGUUCACGGUGUGGGAAAUGUUUUAUAGAAAAAAUCUGUCUUAUUAGACAUGAAAGAAUUCAUACAGGAGAGAAGCCAUAUUCAUGUUCAGAAUGUGGGAACUGUUUUACACAGAAAUCAAGUCUUGUAAAUCAUGAGAGAAUUCACACAGGAGAGAAGCCAUAUUCAUGUUCAGAAUGUGGGAACUGUUUUACACAGAAAUCAAGUCUUGUAAAACAUGAGAGAAGUCACACAGGAGAGAAGCCAUAUUUAUGUACAGAAUGUGGGAAAUGCUUUAGACAGAAAUCGGAUCUUGCUAAACAUGAGAGAAGUCACACAGGAGAGAAGCCAUAUUCAUGUUCAGAAUGUAGGAACUGUUUUACACAGAAAUCAAGUCUUGUAAAACAUGAGAGAAUUCACACAGGAGAGAAGCCAUAUUCAUGUUCAGAAUGUGGGAACUGUUUUACACAGAAAUCAAGUCUUGUAAAACAUGAGAGAAGUCACACAGGAGAGAAGCCAUAUUUAUGUACAGAAUGUGGGAAAUGCUUUAGACAGAAAUCGGAUCUUGCUAAACAUGAGAGAAGUCACACAGGAGAGAAGCCAUAUUCAUGUUCAGAAUGUGGGAACUGUUUUACACAGAAAUCAAGUCUUGUAACACAUGAGAGAAGUCACACAGGAGAGAAGCCAUAUUCAUGUUCAGAAUGUGGGAAAUGUUUUACAGAAUAUUCAUAUCUUGCUAAACAUAGGUUAAUUCACACAGGAGCGAAGCCAUAUUCAUGUUCAGAAUGUGGGAAAUGUUUUACACAUAAAUCAUCUCUUGUUAGACAUCAGAUAAUUCACACAGGAGAGAAGCCAUAUUCAUGUUCAGAAUGUGGGAAAUGCUUUAGACAGAAAUCGGAUCUUGCUAAACAUGAGAGAAUUCACACAGGAGAGAAGCCAUAUUCAUGUUCAGAAUGUGGGAACUGUUUUACACAGAAAUCAAGUCUUGUAAAACAUGAGAGAAGUCACACAGGAGAGAAGCCAUAUUCAUGUACAGAAUGUGGGAAAUGCUUUAGACAGAAAUCGGAUCUUGCUAAACAUGAGAGAAUUCACACAGGAGAGAAGCCAUAUUCAUGUUCAGAAUGUGGGAACUGUUUUACACAGAAAUCAAGUCUUGUAACACAUGAGAGAAGUCACACAGGAGAGAAGCCAUAUUCAUGUUCAGAAUGUGGGAAAUGUUUUACAGAAUAUUCAUAUCUUGCUAAACAUAGGAUAAUUCACACAGGAGCGAAGCCGUAUUCAUGUUCAGAAUGUGGGAAAUGUUUUACACAAAAAUCAAAUCUGGUUAUGCAUGAGAGAAUUCAUACAAAAGAGAAGCCAUAUUCAUGUUCAGAAUGUGGGAAAUGUUUUACACAUAAAUCAAAUCUGGUUAUGCAUGAGAGAAUUCAUACAAAAGAGAAGCCAUAUUCAUGUUCAGAAUGUGGGAAAUGUUUUACACAUAAAUCAUCUCUUGUUAGACAUCAGAUAAUUCACACAUAG